ACAUGGUCAGAAGACUCAAGCAGUCAGAAGCUUUUGUUCAGUUUGUGACUGAAUUUGAAAAUGCACUAUUCAAUUUGGUGUUCACUGUGGACUGAAAAAGGUCAAAGAAAAGCAAAUAUUGUUAUCAUAAAUCCGAUGAACCCAUAAGUUGUUCAUUGUCGGCUAGGAACAGGUUGCAGAUAGUGCGAAAUCGUUGAUAAUUUCCACUCUCCGCUUUGUCAAAUAUCUUUAUAAAUUUUUCGAGAUUCUGAAUGCUAUAAUAUGAGUAUACGGAACUCAACUUGUUAUUCGUUUAUAUUGUCACGCUUGCCUAAUCAUAUUCUGAGCAGACAUAGUACCAAACCAUGUAUAGUUUCUACCUAUGGUAGCUCUAGAAGAUCAAGUUAUUCAAAAAGCGAAAACUAUCACUCCAAUCACAGACUGUAUAUAUCAUUCGGUUCGCUUUUGGGCGCUGGUGCUGCAACUUUUGUGAUCUAUCAAUGGAACAGAAGGGGAAAUUUGGUUGACAUGAAAUCACGGGACGAACUGUCCCACGAAAUUUUGAAUCCAGUCCGAUAUCAGAAGAGUUCCGAAAGGUCGAAUGAUAAAGAAAAAGUUCUGAGGUUGCAGAGAAAAGACUUCAGACAGAACUUGAAAAGAGAAAUUGAAAUGUACCGAAUUACAAAUCUGAUUCCAGGAAUUAUCUGUCAGGUUCAAAUUGACGAAGAGGUAGUGUUCCGAAACGAUUUUGGCUAUUGUGACAUCGAGCAACUGAUUCCAUGCGACGGGUCAAGAGCCACUUUUCGAAUAGCCAGCAUUAGCAAACUGAUCACUGGACUAAUUGCUAUCAAACUAGCCAGCGAGGGAAAAAUACAUUUAGACGAUAGUAUAUAUAUUUAUUUGAAGGAUUUCCCGAAGAAGUUAGUAGACGGGGAGGCAGUGGAUAUUACCAUUAGACAGCUACUGAAUCACACGUCAGGAGUGAGACACUACAUCAAGAAGGAUUCGAAGUUGCUCACUGAAGAGGAAAAGAUGGCCGAGACGGCGCGAAAUUCUCAAAGAAAUGAUGAGUUUGUUUCGUUGAAGGAGACUAUUAAAGCCUUCAAAGAUGACGAGCUGCUCCAUAAGCCAGGAUCCAUCUUCCUCUACACAACAUAUGGCUUCACACUUCUCAGUGCUGUCCUUGAAACAGUGAUGGACAAACCAUUUCACGAAUAUAUCCUCGACUUCGUGCGCCAGAUGGGACUCAACCAUACACUUCCGGAACCGACUCCGAAGUCACGAGAGUUCGUGUUCAACAGAAUGCCCUGUUAUCUAUAUGACCCUAAAAAGGAACGACUGACACCAGUUCCAGAAGUGACUCUAAUGCAUAAAACAGCAGGCGGAGGGAUGGUGUCUACCCUCAAUGAUUUGAGCCACCUGGGAGUGCUUUUUGCUAGAACUAUGACGGGAGAGGAAAUGUUUCUCCCAGGAGUGAAAAGGGAGAUUUUCGAUCAGAUUGUAAGGCCACCGAAAGGAAAGGAGGUUUCAAUGACAAACAGGAAACAUGUGAAAUACUCUUUGGGAAUGUCUGUCCACGAAAACGACCCGUCGUUACCUGAAGGUACAGUGAUAGUGGGACAUGGCGGUGCCAGCACUGGACUGUGUUCCCACUUGGCAGUCUGUGCCCCCAGAGGGGACUGGAGCAGACCCAUCAUAGUCACUAUUGCUGCCAAUCUUAACAAUAGAAAUCUCAAGGAAAUAACGAAGCAGAUCAUCAGAGAAACAAUCGCUCUCAACGAUAGUCUGGCCAAGUGAAAAUAAAUUCUGAAAGUUUGUUAAUAUAAUUUAUUGUAUCAUCCUUUUGUAUUGCAGAUAACUAUAACUUUGUUUAUUCAUUUUUUUGACGAUACGUUGCUAAGUUUAAUGUUAAUAUUCUUAUUCGC